GUAGUCAACGGUGCUCAGACAGCCUUCUCCUGAACUCGAGGAAAUCCCUUUCCUCUGUGGUCAAGCCGGGCUCAAGCUUCCCUAACCUGACGAGACACAAAAGUUAAGCCUUUCCUCCUGCCUGCAAAUGCCGCAUGGACCAAAUACCGGUAAGUAUGACAGUGCUGCUGUAGAUAAGUUACUGUGAGGGAUCAUUAUAAUACUAUAGGGUGUUUGUGCAUUGCCCCCAAUUAUUCCUCCGAGACCCUACGAAGCACAUGCUAAUUUACUAUUAAAUUUUAGAGUUAGCGUCAAGUUACAGCACUCGAGUAAGGAAGAUCUGCUGUCUUCGGGAUUGGUGCUGUUUUGUAUGAUACGAGUACUUCUGGUCGCAUAGAUGGGAUUUAUCCCUACAAUAUCCAAUUCUUCAACAUGUGAAAGAGUACUUUUGCAGCACUCGUACUUCAGGCCCAAAAGGGAUUUUCUACACUUCUUUCGCUCUUUCAUGGAAACUUCCGACUGCUUCCAUCCGACCAACCUCGGGCCGUAGGAAACAGAAAACCACACGCAAUUAAACCCAAGACAUGACGUUGGCAUCACUCCCCACCAACUGAUUCAAACAUUCAACCCUUCCCCCUCCCCCUCGCCCCACUGAGCCAGAGCCACAAGACAGAGUCCAAAAUGGUGAAGUGUAAUUGCGCCCUGUUUCCAGGUCAUAAGCAGUGGAGCACCUUAUUUUCAAGAGUCCCCUCGGGAUUCCUCGGCUCGUUCAGAGAGUACGGUAGGACCGUAGUCUAAUCCUUCUUAUCCCUGGGAAUGGAGAAUGGAUUCCAACUAGAGAGUAGCGUUUUUUUUCUGUGGCGUGUGACUCAAUCUUAGGGAGCUAAAUAGUGCUUGUUCCCCUCUUCACGUUACUCGAAAUUAUGUUCUGAAAUCCAUUAUUUUGGUCUUUUGGAAACCCUUUGCCCGUUCCCUCCGUCCACGCUACCUACCUAGUAUCUCUGAAAUUAUUAUUAUUACGACUCCCUAAUCCGUUGCGCACAUUGGAUCCGGGAUAAAGAUGUCAUCCAAGAGCGGGAAUGGGAACGGGAAUGUUAAAAAGAAGCCAACGGCUGCGGUUCAUCUAAUAGCCGGAGGAGGAGCAGGUCUCUGCGAAGCGUUAGCAUGCCAUCCACUAGAUACAAUCAAGGUCCGCAUGCAGCUCUCCCGCCGAAACCGCGCACCGGGGGUAAAGCGUAAGGGCUUCUUCACCGUCGGAAAGGAGAUUGUCAAGCGUGAAACUCCGUUAGGUUUGUACAAAGGUCUUGGGGCCGUUGUGACGGGUAUCGUGCCAAAGAUGGCUAUCAGGUUCUCUUCUUUUGAGUUCUACAAGAGCCUUGCAAAGGUCCACCCGGGGACGGGAAAUAUUAGUGCAAAGGCCGUGUUCAUCUCUGGACUUGCGGCGGGAGCUACGGAGGCUGUUGCCGUUGUUACCCCUAUGGAGGUGAUCAAAAUUCGACUGCAAGCACAACACCACUCCAUGGCAGAUCCAUUGGAUAUACCAAAGUACCGUAACGCAGCGCACGCGGCGUACACCGUCGUACGGGAGGAAGGGUUUAGAACGCUAUACAGAGGAGUGACGUUGACAGCUCUACGACAAUCGACGAACCAAGCGGUGAACUUUACUGCGUAUACCUAUCUGAAGCAAUACGCCCUCAGAAUUCAGCCGAAUAUUUCCGAACUUCCCAGCUACCAGCAUCUAUUAUUAGGAUUGGUAUCUGGUGCAAUGGGGCCAUUGUCCAAUGCUCCGAUUGACACAAUUAAAACAAGACUCCAACGAUCCGAAGCCCGGCCAGGAGAAUCUGCACUCAGGCGAAUAACCUUCAUUGCGAAAGACAUGUUCAAACAUGAAGGUUUUAGAGCCUUUUACCAGGGUAUCACACCGAGAAUCAUGAGAGUAGCUCCAGGACAAGCGGUCACGUUCAUGGUGUACGAGUUUAUCAGAGGUCAUAUUGAACGAUUCCAGGUUUCCGGGGAUAAUGAUAAUCAAUAUAGAGAGUGA